AUGCACACGCUCACGGGCGUCGCGGACGACUUCGUCAUGCUCGCGCGCGCGGCGACGCGCCGAGGGUUCCGGAUCGUCGUCAUGCUUCGACGCGGACACCUCGGGCGGCCGCUGCGGACGCCGCGGUUCAAUCUCCUCGGCUGCGUGGACGACCUGCGCGUCCACCUCGACGGGAUCCAGGCGGAAUUCCCGAACGCGCCGCUGUUCGGAUACGGCGAGAGCGCGGGGACCGGGCUCGCGGUGCGAUACAGCGGCGAGAGCGGGAAGAAGAAUCGCUUCGCCGCGGUGGCGUGCGUGUGCCCGGGGUACGACACGACCGAGGGCGGCGCGUUUUCGCGGUUCGAGCCGCUCCUGGAUAAGCACCUGCUGCUCAGCGUGAAGAACAUGUUCCUGCGCGCGAACGAGCGGCUGCUGAUGUCCGCGUCGGGGCUCACGCCGUCGUACGUCGAGUGCAUGGCCGCGCCGGACAUGGCGGAGCUCCAGCGAAGGCUGUUCGGGAUCGAGGGGUAUCCGAGUUUGGAGGCGUAUCACUCGGCGACGAACCCGAUGGGACCCGUCGAAGGCAUCGCCGCGCCGUUGCUCGUCAUCAACAGCGACGACGACCCGAUAUGCGCGCCGUCGAACGUGGACGAUAACCUCCACGCGUUCGACGUCACCGCGCCGAGGGCGCUCGUGCGCACGCCCGUGGGAACGCACUGCUGCUUCUACGAGGGAAAGACGAUCACGCCGAGGAGCUCGUGGGCGCACGACGCGUGCCUCGACUUCUUCGUCGCCGUGUGCGACGAGCCGAGGUACGAGCGGCGGCGGCGGCCGAAGGGGAAGCGCGUGUCGAAGCGGCCGCGGAGGAAGCCGAUGGGGGUCGACAAUAACGCGGUGGAGCUGAAGAAGCCGGCGCCGACGCUCGUCGGCGCGGGGGGGAACGAGAGGAUCAAAGCGGGGGAUAUCAAGCCCGUCGCGCGGUCCGUGAGGUUCAGCGUCGACGCGGAGCCGAAGCGGCGGAAUCGCGGGCGAGGGUCCGGACACUCGCCCUCGAUGCCGAAGGACGGGAUGGACCGUCGGUGA